AUGCCUUCCAAUGCCACUAGAAAAUCAGGACGCAAAGGCAAACAGAAUGCCCGAGGAACACUUAGCCAUGUUGCUGCCAGCCGGAUUGAGCAAUGUGAGAUUGCUCCAAGAGUAUUGCCACUUGCAGCUGGUCCAAGUGGGACAGAGGCUCCUGGAAUGACUGUCAAGUCCCUAACGCAGGUUAUGGCAGCCAUCAACAUGAUGUACGAUCGUACUGUCGAAGCCAACACUGGAAUUCGUUUUCUGGUUGAUGCUCACAACCAAGCCAUUGCCCAGCAAGCUCUUGUUGCAUCUUCUGUAACUCAGGGAGUAACUGCUACCAAUGUGUCUACAAAUAGACACACCAAAGGCGAAAUAUGUGCAAUUGUUCUGAAUCUCAUCAAUGGGAGAAUGUGGGCGAGAAACUUCCGUUCAGAUGAUUUUGAGCUUGUUGCUGAAAACAAAAGCUGCAGCUGGGUUCUGGGAGGAUAUGAUAGUGCAGAAAAUAAAAAACAAUUACAAGACAUGUUUUUGUGCUGUCAACGCAACCCCGAGCAAAUGUCUUCCAAAAGGCGCAAUAAUUGUAUCAACAACCAUUGCAUUGAGAUUCACUUGCAUCGUGUUGAUACCUACAUUAACAAUUGGCUAGCAAUUGACACUGAGAUGGGAUACAAGCCAGGUAACCCUGAUGAGAUGGCAUACUUGCAUCUUCUCAAGAAGAGUGUGAUAUCUGAUAGUGAAUCAGAAGAUGAGAACGUCACUCCUAUAAUCCGUGUGCGGGUUUUGCAGGUUGCUCGUCCUAGUUGGAGAAGUGCUGAGCUGAAUAGGCUUAUUCAGUUCAUUGAUUUCUUGGCAGCAGAGAAUGACAAGAAGAUUGCAACACCACAAUCAAAGCAAAGAAUGCCCAGAUACCUAAAAACCAUUGAGGUCACUCCUGUCCCCAGUCACCUGACUGCGAUCCUUCCUGUCUGGGCAAUUUAA